AUGAAUUAAUUUAAUCAGAAUAAAAUAUUUGCUUUUUGGCAAUCUACUCCAAUAGUAAAUAAACUCUUUACAAUAAUUGCUGCUAUAUUUUGGAUUAUAGAACUUUUUAUUGGUGAUCAGCUCAAAUUUUAGCCAAUUUCAUUGUAAUAUGUUUGUAUUUGGCAAUUGAUAACAUCAGCAUUUGUUUAAGGUAUAGGAUAAAUUCUAAUACAUAGGGUCUAUUUUGUCACUCAUCUUUAAUUUAUGUUGUUUGCCUGAUCUAAACAAUACAGAAAAAAGAUUGGGAAGCAUUUUGUAUUUAUUAGAAUUUAUAAUCAAAAACAGUAUUGGAAUGGUAUUGUUUCAUUAAUAUUUAGGCAUGUAUCUUUUUAAUAGUCAGAUUAUAUUGUUUGUUUAAUUAUGAUCUAGAGAUGAUGUAUUCCAAUCAUUUUGGUUUUUGGAAUGUCGCGGUUUAUUUUAUUGCAAGCAAGUACUUAAUCAUUAAAAUCUUAGAACUCUUAUUAAAACUAAUGCGGAAACAGAGUUUAUAUUUUUGGGGUUAGUGAUAAAAGACAGAUAUUAUUUAAUCUGCUUGCUAUUGUUUUUACAAUUAUUUUAACAAACUCGGUAUUCAGUGUUAUUUUUUGCCUUCAUUGCUUUUCUAGAGUUUAUAAUAUACAAAGGACCCAUGUUUAGAUUGCCUAAGCGUUUUAUUGAAUAAAUAGAGAAGAAAGCUUUUCUAUAAAAAUACAUUUCAAGAUAAGAUUUCAUUCCAAUUUCACAAGCAUAUGACUUAGUAUUUGCAGGAACCCAGAAAAUAGAAUUUCAAAUAGAGAAUUUGAAUAAAGACUUGGAGCUAUCUCCUACUGGGUAUUGAUAUUAUUUUUAAUUUAAAAAGUUAGCUGAGUAAUUCUCAAGAAAAAGUUCAAACUGAAGAUGAAAGUAUGCAAAUAAAAUGA